UCGUGUUGGAGCGCGGUCAAGUUAGCCGCGGCACACGGACUGCUUGUCUGUUUAGCAAACGGUUAGAAUUAGUGAAAUUCACGACAUCUCGUCCCUUAGUCUUCUUGCUGACCGCAUUAGCAACAGUAUUGAUUUCACAUAAAAUCGCAAAAUGGUGGAGAGCGAAAUAAAAGAUGUCGAAAACCAGAAAGUAGAUGAGGAUCCGAUUACAAAAAUUAUUGGAGCGAUCGGUAAAUGGCAAAUCUGGAUAUGCUUCGUGGUUUUCCUCGUGAAGUUUCCAGUUGCCUGGCACCAGAUGAGCAUAAUUUUCCUAGCCCCUCCAAUGAACUUCACUACUUCGAACACCAGCGGUGAUUUCGAUAAUGUAUGUUUUGAAAACAGCUCCGAGUACGUCUAUGAUCACAGUAUCUUUCAAGAGACUAUCGUGUCACAGUGGGACCUCGUUUGUGACAGGCAUUGGCUGAAAAAUCUUACACAAACAAUUUUUAUGCUCGGCAUCCUCGUGGGCAAUAUGCUAUUUGGCCAUCUUUCUGACAGAUUUGGUCGCAGAACGCCAUUCUUAGCAGCAGUAUUUCUUCAGCUUAUUUCUGGAGUAACAACUGCAUAUUCGGUGAACUGGUACAUGUUUACAACACUUCGCUUCAUCCUUGCCGUGGCCACUGGAGGGACUAUGGUUACAAGCUUCGUACUCACAAUGGAAAUAAUCGGCGCUAAAUACAGAGAGACUGUUGGAAUAAUUUACCAGAUACCUUUUAACCUCGGACACCUAUCACUUCCGCUCUUUGGCUACUACUUACGGAAUUGGAGCAAUUUCCAGUUAGCCAUAUCAUUACCUUCAGUGCUUUUCCUGAGCUAUUACUUUUUAUUACCGGAAUCGCCAAGGUGGCUCUUGACCGUAGGAAAAUCGGAAGAAGCUGUUAAGAUAUUAGAAACUGCAGCAAAAAGAAAUGGUUUACCAACCGAUAAUAUUGGUUCGACGACACAGAAAAUGGUUGUGGACAUAGGAAAUAAGUCUGAAGAGCGUGCUUCGUUUUUAGCCUUGUUCAGGACUCCCAAGCUCCGUGCUCGGACAAUCGCGAUUUGCUACAAUUGGUUCGUUUGCGGUCUCUGCUUUUUCGGUGUCUCCCAGUAUAUCGGACAAGUCUCCGGAAAUAUUUUUACCAACGUUGCCAUAUCUGGAGCUAUACAGGUCCCUGGAACAUUGAUCUCGAUCUACGCUAAUAGAGUCCUAGGAAGGAAAAUGACACUAAUUAUAGCUAACUGCGUCACCGGAAUCAGUUGCCUUCUAAUAAUGGUUGUACCUCGAUCAGAAGUAAGCAAUUUAAUAUUAGGUUGUUCCGGUCUUUGGGGACUGAGUAUCUCAUUCGCCACUGUAUACUUGUACGCCGGUGAACUCUUCCCAACUGUAGUAAGAAACUCCGGCGUGGGAUUAUCAUCGACUGUUGCUAGAAUAGGAUCUAUGGUUGCGCCUUUUGUUGCGACCCUAGGUCACACAAGCGCUUGGCUUCCACCAUUGGCUUUUGGGAUUGUCCCGUUAAUUGGAGCAGGGCUGUGUAUCUUAUUACCUGAUACACGAGGUAAAAAAUUACCUGAUACUCUGGAAGAAGGCGAAGCGUGAAUAAAUUGAUCUCUCAAGAAUGCCAAACAAAGGCUAAAGCUUUAUAAAUAAAGUACAUAUUCAAAAUUAGUUAUGAAAUAAUCUUAUCGCACCUGUAUUGGUUAAUAUGAGUUGAGAAUUGUAUUCAUAUAUUUGUUGUUAAAAUGUAUAUAAUAUUAAGGUUUCGUUUUUAGAUUUCAAGUAUUUAGAUAUUAAGUAUUUUAAUUAAGUACUAUUAAGUAUAUUUUUAAUAACGAUCAAGAAAAUAACAUUAAAAAUUGUGUUCAAUUUGUGUUAAAAAUGUCUUUUGACGAUAUUUUAUUUGAGGAUGAACAUUUCUGCCUGAACAUACUGUUUCAUCUGUGAAGUAUGUUUAGAUAUAGUUUAAGAUAGGCUGUGCUUGAUAAGUUCAAUAGACACUAAAGACAAA